AAAACUCUCUGUCCUGCUAACAUUCUAUCUCUUAAUAGUAUUAGUUUUAUAAACAAAAACAAAUACUACAAAUUUCAUAAGAUACACUCAUCUUUUAAGCAGACCCUGUAGUUUCACUUCAGCGCCUCCACCUCAUUCUCUCAUAUCACUUCCCCUCUCUCCGACGUAGUUUUGCUUCCCGAUUAGGGCUUUUCUCCGCCGCGCUUCGCAAUCUCCAAUCACCGAUUCCAUGGGCUCCGAAGAAAUCGAGUGGCCCGCGAAUCGAGUUCGCGACACUUUUAUCAAGUUUUUCGAAGAUAAGCAGCAUGUUAAUUGGAAAUCCAGCCCUGUUGUUCCUCACAAUGAUCCUACUCUGCUCUUCGCUAACGCAGGGAUGAAUCAAUACAAGCCUAUCUUUUUAGGAACUGCUGAUCCCAACACUCAGCUGAGUAAGCUAACACGUGCUUGCAAUACACAGAAGUGUAUAAGAGCGGGUGGGAAACAUAAUGAUUUGGAUGAUGUUCGUAAAGAUACUUAUCACCACACUUUCUUUGAGAUGCUUGGUAAUUGCUCCUCUCGUGGGCAUGGGAGCUUCUCACCAAGGUGUACAAAUUACCUGAAGAUCGAAUUUAUGCUACCUAUUUUGGUGGUGAUGAAAAGUCUGGCCUUGACCCUGAUACUGAAGCUAAGGCUUUGUGGCUCAAAUAUCUUCCAAAGAAACGCGUAUUGCCAUUUGGUUGUAAGUAACGACCACGAGUCAAGCAGUAGUGGCAUUGCAGAUGUUAAGGGAAAACAAGGACAAGUUUGACUUAGUUAUCAGUGAUGUCCAUAUGCCUGACAUGGACGGUUUCAAGAGUAUUUUAAUAUCACAUUUUUUCCUUUUAUUUUCUAUUAACGAAAAUCAGCCUUGACCAUGAACACGAAAUGUGCAUCCACUAUAUUGAGGUAUCCAAACCCUAGAUAUUCGAAUAUAGGGGCAAAAUUAGCUUCAUCGUCAGUCUACAAAGGUAAUAGUGCUUAUUGCUCCUUCUGUUUCCCCGAUUCUUUGUAUCUCUUAUUGUAUCUAUCCACGUAUUUGUGAAAUUGAAAUUCAUACAGAUCUUAUAUGUAUAUGCUUGCGCGUUGUUAGAGAUCUUAUUAUUAGGUAUCUUGUCACUAUUUGAUGCUUCUAAUUCACAAAUUCUUAGUCACUUUACUUGGACGGCGGACGAUUACAAUUUAUUUGGCUGUAAGACAGGUUUGUUUAUCGAUAAUUUCGGUACAUAAUUUUACAGUAUAUUGAUAAGCGGAUUUGUCUUUUUUCUUUUUUAUACGUUUUAAUAUGAUAGUUUGGUUUUAUAGAGUAGAAGAGGAUGUUAUAUUUAUAAUAGUUUUUGAUAAAGGGGACAAAGUGUAUUAACUAAUUUGUUUUUUGUUGCAGUGUUAUGUCAUCUGUUUCGAGUAGUUUAAAUUCGUGUCUGCGUUAAACCAAUGAAGGCCUUAAAACUGCUCAAACACACAACCUCCGUCCAAGGUCCUGCAUCUGAGGAAUUUUCCAUGAGAGUGCACUGAGGAGGAACUGAUUGAACUUGGUAAACCAUUUGGUAAAGUUGUCAACACCAAGUGUAAUAUUGGAGCCAACCGAAACCAAGCUUUUAUUGAAUUUGCUGAAGCGGCUCAGGUCCGAGGGAAAACUUUCUACCUACAGUAUUCCAAUAGGCAAGAAAUAGUGAACUACAAAACUACUGCAGAUGUUGUUGGAAAUGUGCUGGAGAUGUUGCAGAUCGCCGAGAGCUUAGUAGCUGAACGCAAAAUACAAACAAAGAGGCGAAUAAAAAACUGAAAGAGUCAAUUUGUAUGGAUAAGUUCAUUCCAAAGCUGGGUGUCUUUAAGUCAAGGGUGCAGUGCCCUCUGGAGGAGGUGAAUGAACUCAUGAAAGUUGAUCAAGUGCUCGAGUUUAUGGCUUUUGUUGGGCCUGGUAUCUCAAAAAUUGCUAAGGCUGAUGUUUAGUGGUAGUCCUGCAUGCUAUUAUAUAUAUGUAUGGUUAAGGGGUAGUAUUUGAGGUCUCAGUUUCUCUUUCUCAGUAGUUUGUAUGGUAUUUUGUUUGCUUGGUCUUCCCAAUUGGUUGGGGUUCUUUUCGUUGUGACCUUUGCAAGAUUAUAUGAGAUUUACGGAAUUACGGUACUUUAUUUUUUUA